UCAACUGAAGGGCCCGGGACGAUGAACGUGAGACUUGCGGCCUGCGAGCCCUGUCGACGGUCCAAGUUGGCUUGUGGCCAUGAGCGGCCCACUUGCACCCGGUGUCGCGACCGAGGCCAGAGCCCACUCUGUGUUUACAGAAAGCGGCCAUUCCGCAGAAGGGCACUAAGAAGCCAUAGCAAGGAGCUCGAAGAAUCGAUGCCUGCUGAGGCCUUGGCAUCCUCCCCUUUGCUCCGAGAUAGCAUGCCGCCUGAAGCUGCAUCGACUGCAUCGACACGGCAGCGUCACUACCCAAACCCUGGCUACCUUGGAAUAUCUAGUCACUCAACUCUCUUUAACCAAGUGUUGUCAGGUACAGAAUCCGAUUCAUGUUCUCUCCAGCUGGCCGGGUCCACAUCAGACUCUCCGAUGCACCUCCUAGGCGACCAAGUCGUGAUGAAUAGUGCAGUGCAUGCCUUCACUCGCUUGGACCGGAUGGAUAUCUCCAAACUCACGCCCUUGGUUCAUUCCUGGCUUGCCAAGCGUGUCAACCUUCCCCUGGCCGGACCAUUCGUUGUCCGCUGCCUAGAGUCCGUUGAGCGAUGGAGAGAGCUCUUAACCUCUGACCCCGUCAUUGAAGUAGAGGACUCUCGGUUUGGAAGCAUGAGUUCCGUCUACGUGAGAGUCCUACUGGAAAACACCCACGAGCCUAUUGUUAUGCAUCGGGACAUGAGUACAGAAGACUUUCUUUCUCAGAUGCUGGGAAAGAAUCUGAGAUGGGAAAGCUUGGGCAUCUUCUUUGUUGCUGCUGCAAGGGCAGCAUACGACACACCUUACUUCACACCACUCUAUUCGACUAAUGAGCAGCGUCACAGGCUCAUCAAGGCGCUAACUUACGUAGGAGACUGCUGCCUAGAGACCUGCCUUGAACUGGAUUGCUUAAACGACCUGCAACUCGUUCUGCAGUACGAAAACUUCAUUGUACACUCCCAGGUGGACGGAGAUCAGAGCUAUCACUCCUGGAGAAGAAUCGGAGACGUGGCCAGCUCCCUGUUUGCUCUGGGAUACCACGAGAGGGUCGACGGAAACAACAUUCCACCCUUCAUCGUCGAGUUACGAAAGGCUUGCUUCGCUCGCAUAUACGCUGCCGACAAAAGUUUGGCGGUCUUCCUUGGGCGCCCACCACGAAUAGUGAAGGACUACUGUCGUUUUAAGAUCCCAAGCAACCUAGAGGAUGUAUGGGGGAUCGGUCGUGAUGCCGCAAACCGCGACUCCACGGUUCUAUCGGAGCCAUGUAGCGAUCGUGGAGGAAACGAUCGAACCAUCGCUGACGCCCAACCCAUCAACUACACCGCCGACACGCGUUGCUCGGCGUUAUUUGCAUUUCUGAAGGAGGAAGUGCUUCAGCUUCUUCGCAAGCGCCAUGUUUUAGAUGAUACAGGAGACUCAAGUCUAAAAGAUUGCCAGAGGGAACCGUUUGAACGAGACUUUCUCGCCGGGACCAGGCUCGAUUAUUUACACAUCCAUUUUCUUCUAGGCUUAGUUUCCCAACGAAAGAUAUCCGAGCCGAAUGAUUACCUUUUGACUGUAGCCACCGAGAUGCUCUCCAUCACUGUAGAAGUCAUAAUCUUACGCGACCAGUUGGUCAACUCUGGAUCAUGUCUUAUCUGGAAGGUUGCACAAUAUGGACUCCCUGCCGCGGGGAUUGUGUCACUGGCACUCUUGAACACUGCCACCGCGGACGCGGUAUCACGCUCGCGACCAAAGAUGAUACAAGACUUGAGUGUUCUAGUUGCAGAGGUAACAACUGGGGCUUGGAUCCAAGCUGGGGAACCUAACUUUGCUCUCUUUACGCGCGCAACUCGAACAAUCCAGAGUCUCCUUGAAUCCUUGUUAGCCGCGAGGCCGCCUGAAGUGUCGCAGGACUUGGGCCACAAUCUAGUUGAAGGCUGGGAUCCUUAUGCCAACUCACAACUGUGGGACUUUGAGAUGGAUUUCUGGGUCAAUCUUGCCGAACACCCCACCCUGGUUGAAUUGCCUGGUAGAUUGUAG